AUGGAAAAUAAGGACGAUCUCAUUUUCAAAACUUACAAACCAAAGUUGACAAAUUUUGCUUGGUGGAUAGAAUUUGCCAAAAUUUGUGCUUUCUGCGUCACCAUCAUUUCAAUUUUUCUUUACUGGCACUUCAAAAAAGAAAGUGCUCCGAAAGGACAACUGGAGAAGGAGGACAAAACCAAUUAUGAAAAUGAUAAACGAUCAAGCUUUCUCUCGCCGUACAAAAAUCGAUCCCUUUCUGAUGACACAACAAGUUUUUUAUUUGAAAGCCUGUCUCUUAAUAAAUCCAAAUGA